CCGUUUAAUAUUACUGACGUUUCUAACACGAGAUUUCGGGAUGUAUUUCGCUUGGGUUUAUUUCUACCUUUACCGAACCCUCUACAUGAUAAUGGUCUGCGUAUACUUUACGUACGUACCUCUUUACCGGAAAUGUAUAGUGUGGAAGAAGCGAUAGCUGUCAACUAUGUUCUGCAAGAUAUUUUCAUGUUAGAAGAUGACUAUGCUGUUGUUAAUGGUUUGAUAGCGAUCAACGAUCUUAAGGCAUUGACUUUGUCGCAUGUUUUUCAACUGACUCCAAUAGUUUUAAAAAAAUUAAUUACAUACAGUUACGAAACAAUGCCAUUGCGAGUGAAAGCUGUCCAUAACAUAAACGCGCCUAAAAUAUAUGAUACUGUUUACCAAAUUUUCUUACCGAUGUUGCCCCAAAAGCAUCAAAAUAGA